UGCUGUUUGGCGAGGGCAGGCCAAGGUGUGCAAAACUCGCAGCUUGUCAGGACUCAUGGCAGCCGCCGCCACCGCCGCUCAGCGUGGGGUCCAUUGUUUGCUCCUCCGAGCUGUCUUCCGAGGCCCGCCUGGCACCAGAGGCUGCUGCUCCCGGGUGUCUGCGAGGCAGCAGCCAGCGCUCCAAGUUUCCUCCACCGCGGCUCAGGAGAUUACAAGUACAAGAAGAAAAGAAUUCCUAAGUGAACAUGCUGCUCCUUUCUCAGCUUUCUUGACUGACCGCUUUGGUCGCCAGCACAACUACCUGAGGAUCUCCCUCACUGAGAAAUGUAAUCUCAGAUGUCAGUACUGUAUGCCAGAGGAAGGAGUCCCACUGACUCCCAAGUCUGAACUACUGACCACACAGGAGAUAAUCACGCUUGCCAGACUCUUUGUGAAUGAAGGAGUGGACAAGAUCCGACUAACUGGAGGAGAGCCUCUCAUCCGACCUGAUGUGGUUGAUAUUAUAGCUCAACUGCGAAAUCUAGAAGGGUUGCAAACCAUCGCUAUCACAAGCAAUGGGAUUAAUUUGGGCCGAAUGUUGCCCCGGCUGAAGCAGGCCGGCUUGAAUGCCAUUAACAUUAGCUUGGACACCUUGGUCCCAGCCAAAUAUGAAUUCAUUGCCCGUCGAAAAGGAUUCCACAAGGUAAUGGAAGGGAUUCACAAAGCCAUUGAACUUGGAUAUAAUCCUGUCAAGGUGAACUGCGUAGUUAUGAGAGGCCUCAAUGAAGAUGAACUGGUGGAUUUUGUGGCUCUUACAGAGAAGCAGCCCCUGGAUGUGCGCUUCAUAGAGUACAUGCCCUUCAGUGGCAAUAAAUGGAACUUCAAGAAAAUGGUGAGCUACAAGGAGAUGUUGGAUACAAUAAAGCAAAGAUGGCCGGAGUUGGAAAAGCUGUCAUGUGAAGAAGCCUCUAGCACUGCCAAGGCAUACAAGAUGCCAAAUUUUCAGGGACAAGUCAGCUUCAUCACCUCAAUGUCUGAGCACUUCUGUGGGUCCUGUAAUCGUCUGAGGAUCACAGCUGAUGGUAACUUGAAGGUGUGCCUUUUUGGAAAUUCAGAAGUGUCUUUGCGGGAUUACCUACGAUCUAAUGCCACUAAUGAAGAAUUGGUUCAAGUUAUUGGUGCAGCUGUUGGCAGGAAGAAGAAACAACAUGCUGGCAUGUUCAACAUUUCUCAGAUGAACAACAGACCAAUGAUCCUCAUUGAAUCAGCAUCAAGGUCAUUCCCACUGCUUGAAGAUGUCGUGCACAACCAAGGAACUUUAAAUGGUGCCAGGUCCAGACUUGGCCACUGGCUGACUCCGAGAGCCAGUUUAUCCAAGCUGAUGGGGAAAACAUUUAAGAAAAAUGUGUUUACAGGACAUCAUGCCUUGCCAGGAUCUCACACAGCACGACAACUUGUAUCAGGAAUUCUGCAAGCUCAGCUGAGUAGCAACUGCAUUCUACAAAAGAAUUUGAGCUCUAGUUUGGACACCAAGUGCCUUAGGACAGGAAUGUCUCCCUCCAAGCCGAAAUCCCACAAGAUUAGGGUCGUUCACUUCAAUGUGGGAAACCAGCUGUCAGAGAAGCAGUCAAGAUGUCUGUCCACUGUCAAGUUUCUUGGUGCCUCAGACUGCCUAACCCACACUGACCAGGACGGCCGGGCUUCCAUGGUGGAUGUGGGCAGAAAGGUUGAUUCUGAAAGGACCGCAGUGGCCAGUGCCGUGGUUCACCUGGGUGAGAAGGUGUUUGAAUUAGUGCGGCAGAACCAGAUGAAAAAAGGGGAUGUGCUGGCAGUUGCCCAGAUUGCAGGGAUUCAGGGUGCUAAGUUGACCAGUCAGCUGAUCCCUCUUUGCCACAACAUUCCGCUAAAUCUGGUGGAUGUUUCUCUGAGUCUAGAUGAGAGCAAGCAUGUGGUAGUGAUCCAGGCUCUGUGCCGCACAUACGGGAAAACAGGUGUUGAGAUGGAGGCCUUGACAGCUGUCAGUCUAGCUGCUUUGACUGUGUACGAUAUGUGCAAAGCAGUCACUCAUGACAUGACCAUUGAAGAUAUAAAACUACUCAGCAAGGAAGGAGGGCAGAGAGGAAACUUCCAGCGAGGUUAGCAGGUAUCUGAAGAUUCUGAACCAACAGAGAAAGGCUUGGUUCCUUGGAGUCAAAGGCUUCCUCACACUAAGAUCUCACCUUGCUAAAGUAUUCUGGGCUUGUGAAAUUUGCUGAGGUGUACCUGGGCAGAACACCUCAACUAUUUGCACAUACUCUCUUCAUUAGCACUAAAAUCACUUGUACACCAGGACUUCAAUUAGAAUCCAUGGCUUAGGGGUUGGCUGAUGCAGAACUAAGAAUUCAAACUGGAACAAAAUUAGUCAACUGAGCUGUUAUGUUGAUGCCUUGCUUAGGCCCAAAAUGACAAAAAAUAAACAAGUAGCUAUCUGAUUGUUUCCUAGACAGCCUGUACUUGAUAUCGGGAAUCAUUUGUUUGCCCACUGGAAGAAAUGGGUGCUAAGUAAUCAGCUUUGUGUAGAAAGACCUGUACAUAAACUUAAUAUUGAGUAUAAAUAUGUCACAGUAACUUGCACCACCAAAACUGUUUCCUGGCUACAAAAUUGUGCCUAAUGUAGCUCAAAAUAUAACCAAGCUAGAUCAUGUUUCUUCCAAUUUGGCACACUUCUCCUUUGAGCAAUGUUUCAGGGGAACAGUCCUGUUUGUCUUCUUUAGGAAUAAUGUACUGAGAGCCAUACUUUUUGUGUCAAAGCUACUCACAAGGAUACCUUUCCCAACAUUCAGAAUUGUUUUCACUUUAUUUCCUUGAACCACAUCAGUCUCGAUAUCAGAAUUUUCUCUUGCAUUUACUGAUCUCUCUUUGCCUGCUGUUCCUCUGACAUGCAAGGACAGAGAUAGCAGGUCAGUGUCUUUGACAGCCACAUCUGUGCAGUAGCAGCAGGUCCUUCCCAAAUGCAGCAAAAAAAAAGUAGCAGCAGCAGCUUGCAACCCAUCAGCUAGAUCUCCACCACCUCCUUGAGGGGUGCUCCAGUCCCUUCAUCAAGAAGUGUGUAGCUAGUUUUAAUGCUGACAGUGCUGAUAAUGAGUAUUUUGUGUAGCUGAUUCUUGGAACCAGUUGGGUGCUUUGAACGCAUUCAGGUAAGUAUGACCAAGCAUAACCCAGCUUGAUGGCUUAAUACAGGGUAGCCAUUCUGCGAAAAUGGCACUUAUGCUGUUGUGACGUUUUGGUGCCUUUUCCUUUUGUUUGAGUUCACACAGGGCCCUUUUCAGUGUAUACUUUGGACAAAUUACUUUGAAAGGAUGAUUGCCAUUCUGAGAUCAACCAGGGAAAUUUUUGUGAAGGCAUAUGUUGCAUCUCAUGUUGCCUGCUGUGAUAUUUGAACAAUGUUGACUUCCCCACUAAGCAGUUCGUAAAUGGCAGGGAAUUAUCUUAAUAGGCAUGCAUGGCAAAUCUUGGGCCCUCAGUAUGCAACAAGCAAAGCUAUUUCAGUGUUGUGAGCCAAGACACUGAGAAAUAUGUUUAUGUUUUGUCCUAUAGCAACCCUUGAAAAAAAUGUCUUAUUGCUUGUAAAUAGUGAGAGGGAAGUCAGGCUGCAGGGAGCUACUUAUCAGGAAGCUCCAGCAAAAUAAUACAAUUUGGCCUGUGCCAUGUUAUGGCUAAGAUGAGUGACAACUAAACCAAAAUCAACAUUUGUUUGUGUAGCCCCAUCACAGCAACCUAAUUCUAGUCGCCAAUGUCCUAACUCUCAUCUCCUGUAUCAGACAAUAAAUGCUCUGAAUUCACAUCGGCAGCAUCCAUAAGAUCCACCAAAAAGGAUUCCUAUGCAAAUACUGGUGAAAUGAAAGCUACAAGGAGAGACUCAGUGGCAGAGCAUCUGCAGGGUUCCUGGCAUCUCCAGCCCCUACCAGUCUGAAUAGAAAAUACUGCCUAUGGUGGACCAGAGGGCUGAUUCUGUAUAAGGUAGCUUCAUGUAAGUUCAAUGAGGGUAUACCACAUUGCUACCAGUGGAGUAUUGUUUGUGGCUGAUAAGUUAUCACUGUUGGGGUAGACUAGGACACUGACGUAACAAGCAAGGGCAGAUUGCCCUUGUGGUUCUGGUAGCACCCCAGGAACAGCCCAGUCCAGACCUGGGCCUACAUGAAGUCUCAGCCUACUAACUCAUCCAGUGCUGCCAGCAUCACAGAGGCCACUUGGCUCAUCUGGCUCCUAGCCAGUCACCAGGAACUUGCUAGAUAAGUUAAAGAUCAGUCUGCCCUGGUCAGUCUUGCCCCUGUUGCUUAGGGAUGGCAGGUUGCAGUUCAAUUUUGAUUUAAGUCAGUAGCAAAAGAGCCAUGGGCAUGAUGUCAAACUUGAGCUUGCAAACUAAAUGUCACGAAACUAAUUUUGAAUAGACUUCCAGAGAUUAAGUUAGAAGAUAAUAAAGACUAUAUAGUUCCCACAUAUUAAAUGCCAAGGAGUUCUUUUUUUAAAAAAAGAAACCUAUACAAGAUGCACAUGUGAUGGUAUUUUUGUUUUGUUUGCUUUUAUUUAAAUGCAGUGACACAACAUCUUUUUAGGGGGCUUACAAAUGAAGUUGGCUCCAUGAAAAGAAAAUGUAUUGCAAAUACUGGAUCUAAAUAUGUUACAUUAACUUUUAGGGAAGGCUAUGCACUAACAGAUGACAGGGUUGGAUCCCAUGGACCUGUAAUGGCUGAACUUUCCUCUGACAGAGAAUCCUUCCAUUGGAGGAAGGCACCACUGUUAGAAUAGAUCUGCAGGAUCCAACCUUCUAUCUAGGCAUGAAGUUCUUUAUUCAAUUGCACUGGAAUUUUUAUUUGAUGAUGAAUAAAUAGGGCUAUAUGGCUUAGGGAUUUGGUAAAGUGACCUUUUGAUUUGUCUUAGGAGGCCAGUUACAUUUGAAGUGACUUAAUGGUGUCUUUUGGUGCCAUAACUGAACACUGUUAUGCUCUGGCAACUACGCACAACCAUUUGGACAUUAAAGUGUCGUACGGUGUAAGCAUGUUUUAUAGAUAACAACUUAUGGAAUUGGGGAAGAAUUAUUUACACCCAGCUAUACUGUGGUGGUAUCAUUGAGAAACUUUUUUGCUUUUUUUGGCUGUAGUAGAUUUCUAAUAAAUUACAGUUACAAUCAA